AUGAAGGAACACAAGGCUUUCCAUAACCCGGAAGACACAUAUGUCCUGGUAACAGGCGCAAACAGCGGCCUAGGGUACUCAAUUUGCUGUCGCCUCGCCAAUGACUUCCUAAAAACCCAUCCACAACCCGCAUGCCUGAACAUCAUCUUUACAACCCGUAGCGCUCGCAAAGCUCAAGACACAACCCGCCGCCUCGAAGCCGACCUCCGCAAAAUUGCCCCCUCCUCCGCGGACUUCUCGCGCGUGCGCUUCCUCCCGGAAAGUGUCGAUCUCGGCUCCCUUAUUUCCGUCCGCGCCUGCUCCCGCAGAGUCAAUUCCACCUUCCCUAAACUCGAUGCCAUCAUCCUGAACGCCGGCAUUGGCGGCUGGUCUGGUCUCGACUGGCCCGCCGCGGUUUGGGGUGUCUGCACCGACCUCAUAUACCAGGUGACAUGGCCCACAUACAAGCUCUCGCCCGUGGGCGUGUUGACGGACAAACAGACAUCGAGCAAGGGACUGCAGGAAUCCGCACUGGGCUCGGUGUUUUGCGCCAAUGUAUUUGGGCACUAUAUGCUUGCGCAUAAUGUGGCGCCGCUGCUGAAGCGCGCAAAGGCGCCAGAUGGGCCUGGACGUGUGGUCUGGGUGAGCAGUAUCGAGGCGACGAUCAAGUGUUUCGAUGUUCAAGAUAUCCAGGGAUUGCGCAAUGCUAAGCCUUAUGAGUCUUCUAAGGCGCUAACGGACAUUUUGGCUUUAACCUCUGAUUUGCCUAGUACAGCACCGUGGGCGGUGGAUAGUUUCUUGGGCUCUGAUGAUGCCAACAAGGGCAUCAAGGAAGAGUCUGGUACGCCUACGAUACAUGUGGCCCACCCUGGUAUAUGUGCUACAUCUAUCGUCCCGCUUGCCCUGCCCCUUAUCUGGGCAAUGGUGAUUGCAUUUUGGGCCGCGCGCAUGCUGGGAUCUCCAUGGCAUACCAUGUCUACCUAUCUCGGCGCCAGCUCUCCCGUUUUUCUUGCUCUGUCGUCUAAAGCUGCACUUGAUGCUGCUGAGGAGCCAUACCGCCAGGCUGGUGGUGGAAAACCGAAAUGGGGCUCGUCUGCUUCGCGGAGUGGCGUGGGAAGUGUAAUUUGUACAGAAAUCGACGGUUGGGGUUAUGGUGGAGUUGUUGGUGCUGCCGUUGUUGAGGCUGAUCGACGAAGACUUCGAAAACGAGGAGCUGCCGAUCUUACCGCGGAGCAGAAGGAGAAUUUCGAGCAGCUUGGGCGUCAGUGUUGGAAGGAGAUGGAGGAGUUGAGAAUUCAGUGGGAUGCGAUCUUGGAUGAGGCUGAGAAGGCGCAGAAUGCUCAGUGA